GUGAAAGAAUUACGUCAUGUAUUGACGGCGCCGUUGCGUGGGACCAAAUCGAGUAACAUAAUUUAAUCUAAUUUAAUCGUAUCUAUUUAACAGCGUGUCCAGUCAGUGUCUUGACGUAAAAUCUGAAACUUAAAAACGAUUGAUUGACGAUCGAUUCGGGGUUUGAUUGCUUCCGCCUGGUGGCUGACGAUUUCUCCUGCCGAUUGGUUCUGACUGCGCGUGGAUCGACCAUGGCGGCUACACAGGCGACGAAUCCGUCUCAGUUGCUCCCACUCGAGCUUGUGGACAAAUGUAUCGGCUCCCGCAUUCACAUCGUCAUGAAAACCGACAAAGAAAUCGUCGGUACCCUGCUGGGUUUCGAUGACUUUGUCAAUAUGGUCUUGGAGGAUGUGACAGAAUUCGAAAUCACACCAGAGGGGAGGAGGAUAACCAAACUGGACCAGAUCCUCCUUAACGGCAAUAACAUCACUAUGCUCAUACCUGGUGGAGAAGGUCCGGAAGUUUGAAUCACUGAGACAGUUUUGUGUUUUGCCCUUUUCCUACACUGUGUUUCUUAGUUGAUUAUGUCAUUAUUGUUGUUAUUGGUCUUCCCUCUUGAUCUUUAAGGAGGAAAAUAUUUUUGUAAUAACAUUCAAAACUGAGUAUUUGUUUUAAAAAAAGGAUAAAUGAGAAGCGUAAAAUGAAUCACACAUUACAAAAAGUUAAGUUACAUUACAAAUAAAUCUCUGAAUCUCA